GUGGUUGGUGACAUACUUGGUAAAGGUAAGGUGCAAUGAAGUUUCCUCAUCUCCUUCUCCUUUCUUUUACGAUUAUUGAAUAAUAUGAUUUUUUUAAAAAAUUUUCCAAGAAUAUUAAUUCUUUAUUGAAAAGCUAUGAGCCAUUCAAACCCAUCUCUUGUCUGUAUUUUUUAAUGGGUUCUUACUGUUUUUAUCUCUUUUGAUCUCUUCCUCUUCUGCAGUAUUCUUUAUAAAGGAUACAGUUUUUCUUUCACAUCUCUGCUUCUUGAAGAACUUGUGUAUGUUCAGGCAGCCUGUAGAUAGAGAGAGAAGAGGGUAUUGAGGUUUUUAAUCAAUGGCUGGUAUGUUGCCUGGUGUUGAAUGUGCUCGUCGGAGACGGUUCCAUCAGAGCAGCGGUGAUUCACUCGGUGGCGCUGCUGCCUUUGGCUUAACAAGGAGAUCUUCUUUUUGCUUGUACACAAGCAACCAUGAAGCUUCUCAUCCUUCAAUCUCUUCUAUGCAAAGAAGCAUAGCAAACCAGGCUUGUGAGGAUGAGAAGCUGGGAGGAUUGGCAAGACAAGCCAAGCAGAGAUUAGAUGAGAGGCUAAGAACACAGGGAAAAUCAGCAUCCAAAAGCAGCACAGGAAGCUUGAGGAGUGCAGAAUUGCAGACAGAAGUGUAUGGUUCAAAGAAGAAUAGUAAUGGGUCAAAUAAGAAGUUCAAUUGGGCAAAAUUGAGCUGGAAAGCUGCUGACCAAGAUGAGUGCACCAUAUGCCUCGAAAGGUUCAAGUCUGGUGAGACCCUGGUGCACCUACCAUGUGCACAUAGGUUCCAUUGCAGAUGCUUGGUGCCUUGGCUAGAGAACAAUGGUCACUGCCCUUGUUGCAGAAUGGAAAUUCAUGUUGAACUUUCCUGAUAAUAAUAUUCCUCCAUAAUUAUUAAUUUUUCAUUUCUUUUUUCAUGUUUUUGUAGAUAUAUGUGCCAAAGAGAAUUUAGAAAAGGACUAUUGUUGUAGUCUUGUAGAGCUGUGUGCCACGGCUGCAGCCAUGAGAUUGUGAGUUCAAUCCCUUCUUCUGAUGUAUCAAAAGAAAAUUUUAAUGUUAGAAGAUAAAUUGAUAA